UGUGGCGGCUUUUCUCUCUCUCAUUCUUUUCUCUCUCUUCUCAUUUCCUCAAUUUACCCUUUAUAUGUAUAUCUAUUUUGUGCAUUUGACGUGAAAUAUCGUCAAUUUUUAUAGAUUUUUAAAUAUUCAAUGGAUGAAAAAUGAGGGAAAUUUUUCAUGAGCUGUUUUAAUAAGCCCCAUCUUUUUCUAAUUUUUAUUUUUAAAAUAUCACAAAUUUUACUUCUUUUUCAGUAAACUAUAACCAUUGACUAACUGUCAGUUAUGGCCCACCACUCGACUACCUAUAAUUCUGCUUCUGCUAAUGCAACAUCAGCAGGUUCAGGUGGAACAAGUGCUGGCGGGACAACAACUACCAGUAGUGACCAGAACUUUGAUUAUAUGUUUAAGCUGCUUAUUAUAGGUAAUUCUUCGGUGGGCAAAACUUCAUUUCUUUUCCGCUACUGCGACGACUCAUUUACUUCUGCGUUUGUUUCAACAGUUGGAAUUGAUUUCAAAGUGAAAACCGUCUUUCGUGGUGAUAAACGUGUCAAGCUUCAAAUUUGGGACACUGCUGGUCAAGAACGCUACCGGACGAUUACAACAGCUUAUUACCGUGGUGCAAUGGGUUUCAUACUUAUGUAUGAUAUUACAAAUGAAGAAUCUUUCAAUUCAGUCCAAGAUUGGUGCACACAAAUAAAGACUUACAGCUGGGAAAAUGCGCAAGUUGUGCUUGUUGGCAAUAAAUGCGAUAUGGACGAUGAACGUGUUGUGUCCAUUGAAAGAGGUCGACAGCUAGCUGACCAACUUGGUCUUGAAUUUUUCGAAGCUUCGGCUAAGGAAAAUAUUAAUGUAAAGCCUGUGUUUGAGAAAUUAGUUGAGAUAAUUUGCAAUAAAAUGGCUGAGAGCCUUGAUCAAAAUCAACAACAAAAUCAACAGGCUCAAGGCAAUUUGCGGUUAAAUUCGACAAGUGGAGCACAGAAACCAGCUUCUCAACAAUGCAAUUGCUGA